UUUAGUAGCAGACUAGCAGCAUGAAGGUUCAAACCAGAUUUCAACCUUAUUCAUUGAAUCAAUGGUAACAACAUUCGAAACCUGCUAGCAGUGUUGCUUCAUGGGGGGAAGUUAUUUGCCUUUGGAAGUAGGGUUAGCAGCUAGCAGCUCCCUUGAUUACCAUCCUCAUUCAUCCCCCUACUUCGCUGAGACUCUGUUAUACCUAUUUUGCUCCAGCUCACUCUGCACCGAUGUAGGAGGUUCGACGUCCCACCGGCCAGCUGUUGUCUUGUUGUUGCAUCGAAGGUCGAUCCCUAAGGAGGUGAUCUGCUGCCUAUCCUCCUGCAACUGUUCCUAUAAUCAAUGGGCAACAAAAUUGAGGCCAGUGCUCGGAAGGAAUUUAUAUCUAAGUUCAGAUCAGAGCUGCGGGAAGGAAAGGUCUACAGGAUAUCUAACUUCAUAGUUGUGUCCAAUAGUGGUAAUUACAUGGCUACUGGCCACGAAUGCAAGCUGGUUUUCAAUGAAAAAACACAGUCCAUACUGGAGGAAACGCCUUCCAUUCCACUGAAUGCAUUUUCAUUCAAGAAUUCUGAGGAGAUAUUAGCAACUGGUGGUGAAUCCGACUACCUAAUUGAUAUCAUUGGCUUAGUCACAAAUGCCUAUCAUUUGCAAUGACCAUUAACAAAAGUCAAGGGCAAAGUUUAUCUCAUGUGGGUGUAUAUUUGCCGAAGCCUGUUUUUACACAUGGUCAGCUAUAUGUUGCUGUUUCUAAGGUGAAGUCAAAGGAUGGGCUAAAGAUUCUAAUCAGUAGCGAUGGUACUAGCACACCCGGUGCCACUAAGAACAUUGUCUAUAAAGAGGUGUUCCAAAAAAUAUAUAGCUAGUGCUCAAUGUGCAUCAUACUUGCUUCCCAAGCGAGCUCUUUACAAUAUGUCAAGAUACACAUGCUGUGCUGGUUACAUGCCCUGCAGCAAAAGGUGUGGAGAAAGUAAAUGUCCUGAAUUUUGCUUUUGCACUGAGGAAAUAAUUGUUGAGGACAUAAAAUAUGGGCAGGGUAGGAACAUAGUUAGCGAUAGCACCAUCGCGCAGCGUAGCGGACCCCUGAAAUUGAGUGAUUUACUAGCGUUUUUGCCCUUUCUCUAUAUGGCUACUGUUAUUUUUCUUAGUUUAUAUUAUAUAUUUGUUAAGGUUAAGUUCAUCUUUCAUAUUUGCAGGAAACUGAAGCAGAAUUGAAAUUGAAAAAAUGUUCGGGAAUUGGCCAAGGUAGAGUUAAAUGCAGCCUUAGCAAAUGUGAAGGCAGCCCAAAUUGAAAAUGUAAAAUGUCAAAAUGUGAAUUAUUAUACACGAUUUUCAGUACAGUGGCAUUAAGGUUGUGGUGGGUCCAACCUGAUUUGAAAAAUGUAAAAUGUAAAAAUGUGAAUUUCUUAUCCUCAAUUUGUUGUAUAUGUACUUGGUUUGCCUCUUCAAAAGAAGAAUCAGACCACUACAACUUUCCUUAUGGUUGUGCUGAAUUUGAACUGCGUAUUAUUUUGUCAAUGGAAAGAUUUGUUUUCCUUGCA